AUGGAUUAUGAUAAGUGGGUUUCGAUGGGAGACCGAAUGGGCUUUUCAGGCUCUGAGCUUAGUGAUUAUGUUGAUAGAAAAGAGAAGGAGUAUACUGAACGUGAGGAACGUAUGAUGAGACGGGAAGACGAGAGACAGAGACGAGAUGAGGAAAAGCGGCGUUAUGAUGAAGAACAGCGUAGGUUUCAGGCUCAAGAAGCUGAGAAGAAACGACUUUUUGAGCUUGAACAGGCCGAGAAGUUACGGCAUUAUGAGGAACAACAGGCAAAAGAGAAAAGAUUGUUUGAGAUUGAACGUUUGGAAAAAGACCGAGUUUUGAAGGAACAGGAGUUGGAAAGGCUUAAAAGAAAGGCUGAUGCCGGAGCAUUAGGAACUGAUAAAGGUGCUGAGCCCUUGAGCAGUAAAACAUUGCGGCCAAGGCUACCAAAGUUUGAGGAAAGUAAGGAUGAUAUGGAUGCAUACCUCGAGCGAUUUGAGCGGUUUACAAAAACCCAAGGAUGGAAAGAAGAGACAUGGGCUGUGAGCCUCAGCUCAUUAUUAACAGGAAAAUGCCUGGACGUAUAUACAAGAAUGCCUCCAGACCAAGCAAAAAAAGGAAAUCGGUAUAUUCUUACCGUGGUCGACUAUGCCACAAGAUAUCCUGAGGCAGUUGCAUUACCUAGGAUUGAGACAGAACGAGUGGCUGAAGCUUUGCUAGAUAUAUUUUCCAGAGUAGGAUUUCCAUCCGAAAUCUUAAGUGACAGAGGAAGUCAGUUUACCUCACAACUGAUGGAAGAAGUUUGUAGGCUGAUCAGCCUGAAACAAUUGUUCACAACUCCGUAUAACCCAAAAUGCAAUGGUUUUUGUAGUCUGUUGAAAAAGAUGUGUCAAGAAAAACCAAAAGAUUGGGAUAGAUAUUUGCCAGCUGUACAGUUUGCAUAUCGAGAGGUUCCACAGGCAAGUACAGGAUUCUCACCAUUUGAACUUCUCUAUGGCAGGACAGUCAGAGGACCUAUGCAAGUACUUAAAAAACUUUGGACUGAAGCUGAAACACCAGAAACGAGAAACACAUAUGAGUAUAUAUUAGACUUACGGAAUAGGAUGGAGGAAACAUGUAAGAUAGCUAGAGAAAGUCUUCAUUCAGCACAAGAAACGUACAAACACCAUUACGACAAGAGUGCCAGAAACAGAAAUUUAAAGGUCGGGGAUAAAGUGCUGUUACUUUUACCAACUAACCACAAUAAGUUAAUGCUUCAGUGGAAAGGACCUUAUGAAGUAGUUGAUGUGGUCAACAAAAUGGAUUUUAAAGUAAAAGUCGGUGACAAGAUAGGGCUUUACCAUAUCAAUUUACUCAAAAAGUACGAAGAAAGACAAGAUAUUUUUGCAGGAAGUGUCGCCGUGAUCGAGGCCGAUGUUAGCACAGAUACUGAGGUAGUUGAUAACGAAAAUUUGCUCGACCUUGUCAGAAUAGGAGGGUCAGAAACAUAUGAAAAUGUACAAAUUAAUCCUCAUUUGUCUGAAAGCCAAAUUACUGAUAUUAAGCCGCUUAUAAAACAAUAUCAAGACAUUUUCACAGAAAGUCCUGGAACGACGAAUCUUGUAGAACAUAAGGUCGAACUUACAACCACAGAACCUGUUAGAGUCAAACAAUACCCCAUACCAUAUGCGAAACGUAAUGAGGUUAACCAAGAGGUUCAACACAUGUUAAAAGCUGGAAUUAUUGAACCUGCCACCUCUGCAUACAGCUCCCCUAUCGUUAUGGUGAAAAAAAAAGAUAAUACAAACAGAUUUUGUAUUGAUUUUAGGCGGUUGAAUUCUAUAACUAAAUUUGAUACGGAGCCUAUGGGAAAUGAUGAAGAUAUUCGGUCAAAACUUCAUGGAGAUAAAUUCUUCACAAAAUUAAACCUCAGCAAAGGUUACUGGCAGAUUCCUGUCGAGAAGCAAUCUAGGCACUUGACAGCCUUCACAACAUCUGAGGGAAGUUUCCAGUUCCGAAAAAUGCCAUUUGGAUAUGAUAAUAUUUCAUUCACUGGGCAUAAGGUCGGAAAUGAUCAGCUGGAGAUGGAAGAUGAUAAAUUAGAACGUAUAAAGAAUGCAGAAGAACCUAAGACUAAGAGACAAGUGCGGAGUUUCCUUGGCCUAACUGGUUAUUAUAGAAAAUUUAUAGCAUCAUACUCCGAAGUUGCAGCACCACUGACCGACUUAAUCAAGAAAGGGAAACCUAAUACUGUAUGUGAUGCUUCAGAUACUGGGGUUGGAGCAGCACUUCUUCAGAGGUAUGAAGAUGGACAAUGUCCCAUAGCAUAUGCCAGUAAGAAAUUGCUCCAAAGAGAAAGGAACUACUCGGUAAUUGAAAGGGAAUGUUUGUCAAUAGUUUUUGGUGUUAAGAAAUUUCAGAAGUAUUUGUACGGCAGUGCGUUCAUCCUACAGACUGAUCAUGCCCCAUUGAGUUACAUACAGAAAUGUAAAGUAGAAAGCUCAAGAAUUUUGAGAUGGGCAUUGUUUUUGCAGUGUUACAGAUUCAAGAUAGAAUCUAUCAAAGGAACAGAAAAUGUAUGUGCUGAUUAUUUAAGCAGACAAUAA